AACCUUAACGCUCGAUGCUCCAGGCUAACUCGAAAGAUCUAACUUGUUCAAAAGCUGCUGCUAGCCCUCCUUGCGUCUGUGGUCGCCGAUUUGUCAAAGCAGCCGCACGUCACCUCGGCGUCGUCAACUAUCAGACCUUUGCUCGGUAUACACUGGCUGCUCACUAAUCGACACCAACGUCUUGACAUGCCGGACACUGUCGUUAUGGAAAGCCUCACACUAAACGAAGGGACGCCAUAUCAGCGACAUUACCAGUCGAGAGAUCGGAGAUACCGCUCACCACGUCUACCGACUCCAGAAGCGUCGCGCAGUAGCAAAGAAGCCUUGGACACUGCGUACGACAACGGGCCACUUCUCACGCGCCCGUACUUGGGCGAAAGGUCGAUAGGAAUACCCGACGGGCCUACUCAUUCUCGUCGAGACAGUCGCAAUACCAACGCUCCUCACUCUCCUCCUUACCAGAAUGGUGACGGACAAAAGCCAUCACUGCCUCCUCUCAAAACGGUCCUCGGCAACAACAUCUCGAGUCCUCCUAGGACACCCAGUCCGGGCGGAAGUCCCGGUCAGUUGGCCCCACGAGAGCCAUCCUACAUCACAUCAACGUACAAACCACCUUCUUUGUAUCCCAACAAGAAGCAGCGCACCGGAUCUGUUGGGUUCCCCGAACCUGCGAUGGCUGGCCCACGUUUUGCGCCCACAGCGACACUCGAAUCGAACGCUCAUGCGACCUCUUCGCGCUUGUCGAUGUCUCAAUUCCCACCAAUGGAAACGAGCGAUAGUCAUCGAACGAGUAUUCACGCCGUGAACAGUCCGCCGUGGGGAGCGCAUUGUCAACCUCCGAAGUCCGCUGGCGGACGUCAAAUUUAUGAUAGCGGUGCUGGCCACUACCGAACUCCAGAACAAACACCUACAUCCACCAUGCUUGAACCCUCAUAUCCUCGAGUCAAUCCUUUUACUGGCACCGCGCCAGAUCCAUUUACACGACAAAUCAGAGAAAGCUUUGGACAGUCCAGCGACCGUCCGAGUUCACGUAGAUCCUCUGUGAGCAGUUACGGCAUGUACGCACCACGUACUUAUGAACGAGAGCCACCCAGACCAGGACAUUAUCAGCAAACGCGAGACAUCUACAACGAUCCACGAGACAGUGCCAGAUACGGAAGACCAGAGGGACAGCAGCCUCGUCCGGUCGGCUUUCCAUCCCAUCCGUACCAGAGCAAUGCGCCUCCAUUCUUCAUGCCGAGUCACUAUGAAUACCAGCAUGGCAAGGCAAGAAAGAGAAGUAAUUUGCCGAAACAGUCAACAGAAAUUAUGAAGACCUGGUUUGAUCAGAACAUAGCCAACCCAUAUCCCAGCGAGGAGCAAAAGGCCAUCUUUUCCAACGCUACGGGCAUCAGUAUGACCCAAGUCAGCAACUGGUUUAUCAACCACCGCCGGCGUUGCCCAGAGCUACGCGACAAGCGCGAAAAAAGCCGGGGGAGCAGCCGGGACUGCGACUCCUGAGGCGCUGAUUUGACUUCCAUUCAUUUGUAUUUCUACUUCAUUCUUGUUCAAGCUUCAAUGUUUCAUAGAUAGGGUAGACGGUCGGGACUUUAUGGCGCAAUGACACCUAAAAAAAAAAUAGGAUGGGUGACGAAGACACAGACGAAAGACACAGCAAGCAGACAUGGUACGAUCAGGGUUGGGAUGAUACUGGAUAUCAAAUGCAAUGGCAACACUUUCACAAGAACACACGAAGUCGCUCAAAGGACACGCAUGGAAUGCUGAUCUACGAAAAGCGCAGUCGCAACCUUGAAACCAAUCGUCACGUCCAAGAAUCCGUAAGCGGCAACCACUCCGCUGUGCUUAUCACAACUUGUUCCAAGAUUUGAUAUCAAGAUUAAAGCUUAGGAACGAAGCUUGCCGAGAAGGCCAUCGGAGUGGAUGCCGAGGACGAGUAAGGGCAUGGAAAGGCUGUAAAGAUAGAGCUGUCUCCCUAGGAUUGAGGCGCAUUUCUGUGUUUCAGAUGCUGCAGUCAAGAAGAUUUAUU